AUGAUACCGAAACCAAAAGUUCAACUCACCUCUGAAGAAAGAAAAAGGGCAAACUUGGACAAUGUACCACGAAACAUUCUCUACAACUCUCUCAACGGCUCCUUGUUCCCCAGAGUCCGAAAAUGCAAAAAUGCCAUGGAGAUCUGGAAUGUUCUGAUGAACUUAGGUGAAGGAGAUGAACAUGAGAAGGACAACAAACUGACAGUGGCCAUGAAAAAGUUCGAGGACUUCAAGAUGUUGCCAAAUGAAGCUGUCACGGACAUGGAACUAAGAUUCACCAGACUCAUGGGUGAUCUGACAAAUCUCGGGAAGGAAUUGACUGAGAAAGAAAAGAACCUGAAGAUUCUUCGCGGUCUGCCGAAGUCUUGGGAAAUGAAAGUUAUUGCAAUGAGAGAUAACUGA